AUGGCGACACACGAGUUCAAGCUCAAAGACCUUACGAAACUUGACCUUCAGCCUGGCGAGAAGCGUGAGGUCGAGGUCGAGGGAGUUGAGAAUGGCAAAGUCUUACUCGUCCAAGUUGGGGACAAGACUCAUGCUGUUGGACCAAAAUGUACCCAUUAUGGCGCACCUUUGAAGAAUGGUGUCGUGACGCCUGAAGGCAGACUAACGUGCCCCUGGCAUGGAGCGUGCUUCAAAGUCAGCACUGGCGACAUUGAGGACUCGCCCGCUCCGGAUCCAAUCGCGACCUUUGGCAUUGCAGAGAAAACCGGCGCCGUUUAUAUUACAGGAGAUGAGAAGACUAUUCAGUCAGGAAGGGUCCAACCCAAUAUGGCUUGCUCUGUCACUGGCUCUGAAAAGGUUGUCAUUGUUGGAGGUGGAAGCGGAUGCUUUGGCGCACUUAGCGGUUUGCGGACGGGUGGUUUCAAAGGACAAAUCACUGUCAUUUCACUCGAACCCUACCCCCCGAUCGACCGGACCAAGCUUUCUAAAGCCCUCCUGACCGAUGUGUCCAAAUUGACUUGGCGACCCAAGGAAUAUUGGAGUGGUGCCUCAAUUGACCUGAUCAACGACGAAGUUACCAAGGUGGACUUUGCCAGCAAAUCAGUAACCACAAAGAAGGGCGCGCACUAUCCGUAUACCAAGCUUGUCCUGGCUACUGGUGGCGUUCCCAAUCAGCUUCCCUUGCCGGGCUUUAAAGAACUUGACAAUAUUUUCCUUCUCCGAACGGUACCGGAUGCCGAAGCCAUCGUAUCUGCCGUUGGGGACAAUGGUAAGAAAAUUGUGGUAAUUGGCAGCUCUUUCAUUGGCAUGGAAAUUUCCAACUGCCUCGCUCAGAAGGGUAACACAGUCACAUGCGUUGGACAAGAGAGUGCACCAAUGGAGCGUGUCAUGGGAACCAAGGUGGGCAAGAUAUUUCAGUCUUUACUUGAGAAGAAUGGAGUCAAGUUUAAGUUGGGAGCCGCCGUGGACAAAGCUACUCCAUCGAGCAACAACUCCAAGAGUGUAGGCGCAGUACACCUCAAGGAUGGCACCGAUCUGGAAGCCGACCUUGUCGUGCUAGGAAUUGGUGUCAAGCCUGCAACAGGAUUCCUUAAAGAUGCAAAGGAAAUUGAACUUCUCAAGGAUGGCUCGCUCAAGACAGACGAAUCAUUUGCGGUUACGGGCCUACAAGACGUCUAUGCUAUUGGAGAUAUUGCUUCUUACCCCUACCAUGGCCCCGGCGGCGACGGAGAACUCACCCGGAUUGAGCACUGGAACGUUGCGCAAAACGCGGGCCGAAGCGUCGCGAAUUCUAUUGCUCACCCUGGCGCAAAGCCGAAGCCAUUUAUUCCUGUUUUCUGGUCUGCACUGGGCUCGCAACUGCGGUAUUGUGGUAACACUCACAAUGGCUAUGACGACGUUGUGAUCAAGGGCGAGCCUGAACAAGCCAAGUUUGUAGCAUACUACACCCGGGGCGAGACCGUUGUUGCUGUCGCAAGCAUGCAAAUGGAUCCCAUCAUGACCAAGAGCGCCGAGCUGAUGCGCAGAGAUGGGAUGCCCAGCAAGAGUGAGAUUGAGAAAGGCGUCAACCCCCUGGACUUGAGCGUUCCUAGCGGGGUCAAGAUUUAA